AUGAUGUUUUGUUGGGGUAACGCAACUCAUCAUGAGUUGUGUUUAAAUGGUCCAGGGACAGCUGCAGAUUUGGUUAUAAAGCCAACAUUAUCAAAGUGGAAGGAGAGCAAUCAUCUGCAACUUGUAGCGGCUGGAGAAUUCCAUACUUUGUACCUUACAAAUCAUGGUCACUUAUAUUCUUGUGGCAGCAAUGAUGUGGGACAACUUGGGCGUCAAACAGAAAGUUCUGAUGGAGAAUCUCCAGAUUUAGUAGAAACUUUCAAAGGUUGUGCAGUAUCAACAGUAGCAUGUGGUAUCCAACAUUCAAUGGCCCUAGAUGAAUGGGGACAACCUUUCAGUUGGGGAUCUGAUAGUAUGGGACAAUUAGGUAGCAAUCUUGGUGCCCAUGCCCAAGAUAAACCAAAGAUUAUCAAAUUCUUGGCGACCAGAAAUGUUAUACAGAUUGCAUGUGGAUCAUAUCACUCAAUUGCAUUGACAAACAAUGGUGACCUCUAUUCUUGGGGAGCAAAUAGUUUUGGGCAGUGUGGCUUGGGCAAUAUGACAAACAAGGAAACCACACCACAACAGAUUACAUCCUUACUUGGUGUACCCAUUUCAUUGGUGGCUUGUGGCAGUAACCACACAUUUGUUCUAUCUAAAUCAGGUGCAGUGUUUGGGUGGGGUAAAAAUAUGCAUGGACAAUUAGGCUUGCAGGAUAGAGAAAACAGGUGUUAUCCUACUCAUUUGAAAACAUUAAGAAAUGUCAAGGUAUGCCACAUAUCUUGUGGCGAAGAUUUCACAGCAUUUCUAACACUGGAUGGUGGUGUAUUCACUUGUGGCUCUGGGGAGUAUGGACAAACUGGCCAUGGAACUACUAAAGAUGAAUUAGUUCCCAAAAAGAUAAUGGAGUUAAUGGGCAGCACAGUGACGCAAGUUGCUUGCGGUCGUCGUCAUGUACUCUGUCGCGUGGGAGAUCGCAUACUAGCUUGCGGUUAUGGCGCUAGAGGGCAGUUGGGAUGUCCGCACAUGGCCUUCGCCCUCGUGCCAACACCGGUCCCUUUUACACCUAACGAUGAUUCGCCGACUGAUAAUGCAGGACAAAGUAAGUUCUCGCAAGAAAUGUUCAGCGGUUCAAUAAAGGUAUUCGCAGGCGGCGAUCACAGCUUCCUAAUAAUUAACAGCGACGACACUGUGUCUGUGGACUUUCGGGUGCCGGACAGUAAGAAGCAGAUCCUCACACUCAGCUUGCCGAGGCUGGCUGCUUGUGAAAUGUUUAAAGAUGACGAUGCUGUGAAUCAAGACCUAAUGGCGUAUCUGGAAACAGUGUUCGGUUCGCUGGCGUGUAUGAACGGCUCGUUCUUGCUGACUCAGAGCGGACACUUCGGGUGCAACACCAAGGUACCCGGCGUGGACCUAAAGAAGGCGGAGGAAGCUUUUGCGCUUAUUAGCAGAAUUGAAAAUACUUCCAUAAAAGAGCUUAUAUUUAAUCACCUAACAGAAAACAUUAUAAAGAAAAUGAAGCCGUCCCCACCCGACGCCGAAGUGCUACGAGUGUUCCUAAUUCUUCCGUUGUAUCAUGAAAUGAGGAAUCCACGGCGUCAUCCUGAGCUACAGGGACCAUUCGCGGAGGCGUUUAAUAAAUUAGCAAUGUACCCGCAGAAAAUUGUACAAAUGUGGUGGGAAGCGCAACCCACUGAGUACUUUGAGAUGCUAGUUGAUAUUUUUAAGAGUGUGAUAGUUUAUGAACUAAUGCAGCCUGUAGUUCGAGCUAAUAAGAAAAUUUCUUUCACGCAUAGCAUUGUGCAAAUUUUGAAUACAUUAUCAUUUUUAAAUAAAAUUAAUUUCGUGAAUCCAAAAAAGCCCAAAGUACCAGCGGAAUGUUUUUACAUAGAAGAUCUCUGCAACUAUGUGGAUAUAGCGACCGACUAUAUCCAGUGGCUAGCCGAUCAAGACUCGUCUCAACGUCACAUGUGUAACUACGCAUUUCUAUUCGACGUGCAGUGCAAAUCUCUACUGCUGAAGAUAGACCAACAGUUGCAAAUGCAAAUGGCCAUAAGCAGGGCCGCAACACAAAUAUUUACCCGCCUAUUCAUCGACCCUACGUAUGAAUACCAAAGAGAUCAGUUCCUCAACCUCACAAUCUCAAGGAAUCAUAUAGUUAGAGAUACAAUGACGCAAAUAAGCAGUCAUGACACAUCGCAGUUGAAGAAGCCACUUAGAGUAGAAUUCGUGGGGGAGGAGGCGGAGGACGCUGGUGGUGUAAGAAAAGAGUUUUUCAUGUUGUUGCUUAAGGAGAUAUUUGAUCCUGUGUAUGGAAUGUUCAAACAAUCCGAGGAAACCAAUAUGAUAUGGUUCUCAAACAAUCCCUUUGAAGAUGACGUCAUGUAUUAUUUAAUUGGUGCAAUUUACGGCCUAGCUAUAUACAACUCUAUUAUCAUCUAUGUACCAUUUCCACUUGUGUUAUACAAGAAAUUAUUGGGAGAGUCUGUUAUGUUGGAUGAUCUCUCGGAUCUUUAUCCUACAUUGGCUAACAGUUUGAAGAGUCUACUCGAAUAUACAGAUGAAGAUGUUGAAGAGGUAUUUAGUCUGUGUUUUGCCGUGAACACAAUUGUAUUCGAUGAAAUUCAAGUUCACAUGCUAAAGGAAAACGGCGAGAAUAUACCGGUUACACACGAGAACAAGGAGGAGUACGUUGAGCUUUACGUAGACUUUUUGCUCAAUAAAUCUGUACAGAAUCAGUUUAAGGCUUUCAAUCAAGGCUUUCAAAAGGUUUGCGGUGGUAGAAUUAUCAAAUUGUUUAGAUCUCACGAAUUGAUGUCGGUAGUUAUUGGAAACGAAGAAUACGACUGGGACCUGUUCGAAAACAAUUGCGAAUAUAAAAAUGGUUACUCCGCUACUGAUCAACAAAUCAGGUGGUUCUGGGAAGUUUUCCAUGAGCUUUCCCUUGAGGAUAAAAAAAAAUUCCUUCUCUUCCUCACUGGUAGUGAUCGCGUUCCCAUACAGGGUAUGAAGGAUAUCAAGAUUCGAAUACAGCCGGUAGCAGAUGAAAGAUUCUUCCCUGUGGCCCACACAUGUUUCAAUCUCCUCGAUCUACCGCGAUAUAAGACUAAAGAGCGACUUAAAUAUUACCUCCUUCAAGCCAUACAACAAACACAAGGCUUCUCACUUGUUUGA